AUGUCUGAGGAGGAGCAAUCUGCUAUUGUCUGUGACAAUGGUUCUGGUAUGGUAAAGGCCGGUUUUUCUGGUGACGAUGCACCACGUCAUGUGUUUCCUUCUAUCGUUGGUCGUCCGAAGAACGAGCAGGCUAUGAUGGGAAGUGCAAACAAGAAGCUUUUCGUUGGUGACGAGGCCCAAGCCAAGCGUGGUGUUCUUGCGCUCAAGUACCCUAUUGAGCAUGGUAUUGUUACCAACUGGGAUGAUAUGGAGAAGAUAUGGCACCAUACCUUCUAUAACGAACUGCGCGUAAACCCGGAGUCCCACAAUGUCCUUCUGACGGAGGCACCCAUGAAUCCCAAGCAAAAUCGUGAGAAAAUGACGCAAAUCAUGUUUGAGACAUUCAGUGUACCGGCUAUGUAUGUCGGAAUUCAGGCCGUGCUCUCAUUGUAUUCAUCUGGACGUACCACCGGAAUCGUGCUCGAUGCUGGUGACGGCGUGACCCACACUGUGCCGAUUUACGAGGGUUAUUCCCUCCCACACGCCAUCCGUCGUGUGGACAUGGCUGGUCGUGACCUCACGGAGUAUCUGAUGAAGCUUCUUAUGGAGAGCGGUAUGACCUUCACCACGUCUGCCGAAAAGGAAAUUGUGCGGAGUGUUAAAGAGCAGCUCUGCUAUGUGGCUCUCGACUUUGAUGAAGAAAUGACGAAUAGUGCCAAAUCCGUCAGCGAAGAGCCAUUCGAGCUUCCAGAUGGCACGAUCAUGCAGGUGGGUAACCAACGCUUCCGCUGCCCGGAGGCACUCUUCAAGCCAAUGUUGAUCGGAAUGGACGAAGCGCCUGGAUUCCAUGAAAUGACCUUCCAGUCCAUCAACAAGUGUGAUAUCGACGUGCGCCGCGACCUCUACGGAAAUAUUGUGCUUUCUGGUGGUACGACCAUGUUCAAAAACCUCCCAGAGCGUCUUGGGAAAGAGAUGAGCAACCUUGCACCAUCUUCAAUUAAGCCCAAGGUUGUUGCUCCCCCAGAGCGGAAGUACAGUGUAUGGAUUGGUGGCUCUAUCUUGUCAUCCCUCACCACCUUUCAGACAAUGUGGAUCAAGAAGAGUGAGUACGACGAGGCUGGCCCAGGUAUCGUACACAACAAGUGUUUUUAG